AUGAAGCUUGAACUACAUUUUGAUGUUGUUGUUGAAAAUUUCCAACGACAGCAGGCCCAGGAGGAGAACGAGGCUCGGGAGCUGGGGAUCCUGUUUCCUGCUCCGCCUGCGGGGCAGGCGACAUCGGACGCUCAGGGCACGUCGGCGGCAGGGCAUCCCCACCAGGAUCAGGGGCAGCCGUUGGGCAUGGCGCCGCUGAUGCAGAGGGGGGCGUUCGCGACUGCCUCGGAUUCCUCGGAGAAUUCUAGUCCUGGUGAGUACUGCGAGUUUGUUUUCUCCCAAUCCGUAUAG